UCAGUAAUGUGGAGUAAUACUAAUGUGCUUGUGACCCCAUGCCGAGGUGUAAGGGUACAGCAUGGAGGCCGGCCACUACGAGGUCCUGGCUGCUGUGGGUGAGGGCGCCUCCGGACGCGUGUUCAAGGCACGCGAGACUGGCGGCUGCCAGCGCCGCGUGGCCCUCGAGAAGGUCAGGGUCCUCGAGCAGAUGGAGGAAGGCGUGCCUGCCUUCGUGAUCCGCGAGGUGGCACUGCUGCGCAAGUUGGAGGCCUUCGACCACCCCAACGUGGUCAAGUUAUUAGAUGUUUCAGUUGAAGUCCAAAAUCAGACCUCAGAGCUGACUUUAGUGUUUGAAUAUGUUGAUCAAGAUUUGUGUGCAUUUCUUGCCUCGGUAGCAGAGACUGGUCUCAGCAGGUGGAAAAUUAAGGACAUAAUGUUACAGCUGCUGCGAGGCCUAGACUUCCUUCACACCAACAUGCUGGUGCACCGGGACCUGAAGCCGCAAAAUGUGCUGGUCAGCAGCCACGGUGAGAUCAAGAUUGCGGAUUUUGGUCUGGCGCGGAUCUACAGCCACCACAUGGCUCUCACGCCCAUCGUGGUGACCCUGUGGUACAGAGCUCCGGAGGUCCUGCUACACUCCGGCUACAUGUCCUCCGUGGACAUGUGGAGCACUGGCUGCAUCUUCGCUGAGCUCUUCCUCCUCAGACCCUUGUUUUGCGGCUAUUCUGACAUACAGCAGCUCCAGAAAAUCAUAGAUGUGAUCGGCCUGCCUGCACAGGAGGACUGGCCUACCGAGAGCCCCAUCCCGUACCCUGCCAACUGGAAGAGUGGUAAUACCUUAAAUCAGCUGCUGCCGAACUUGCACCAGGAAGAGAGGGACUUGCUCUUAGUAAGUUUUAAUGGGUGCGAGUCUUGCAAUAGUGUGUAAAGUAGGAGAUGGAAGUAUUUUUUUUUUUGGAAAUCAGAGCAAUGGUCUUCCUAUUAGUGAAUUGGUCACUGAUUGACGGUACUUUGGGAUUGGCAUAUCCGCAUCUACACUCCUUGGGAUGUUGGUGAAAUGCCCUGUUGGAUUCUGAGUUAAUGAGAAUGACUUUGUUUCUAAAUCAGAAUUCACAGCCCUUUCCUGCCAGGGUGUGAUGGGGGGAACCAGUUUAAAGGCAGCUGGAAUACCUCACUAGCCCAGCGCUGUGAGAAAAGGCUAAGUUGGUAACAGUCCAUUUGAUCGAGGGCCUAAGUUCUGGACUGGAGAUCCUGAUGUACUGUAAGCCACGAGAAACAGGCUUGAGGACCACUGCAGGGAUACAGGUUUCUUUGUAGGGGUGUGUUGGAACAGGGGAUUGACUGUGUUUUGUCGGUGUGCCCACAGCAGUUUCUGGCCUUUAACCCAUCCAAGCGUGUCUCAGCCUUUGAGGCUUUG